CUAGCGCCGGCCGCUCUCCGACUGUCCCGGGCUCCGUCGGUUCCGGGCAGCGCCGCCGAGGCCGUGGAGCCUGCGGAGAUCCAGCCAGAGAGGACCCACCCACCAAGGCCAUGGAAGUGGAGGCUACAGAGGCCAAAGCCCCAGGCCCCUGCUACAAGCGCUCUGGCCGCCGUUAUAAGUGCCUGUUCUGUACAAAGACAUUUCCAAAUGCUCCCAGGGCAGCCCGCCAUGCUGCUACACAUACAUCUACAGACUGCAAAGAGGAGGUGAAUGAAGUCCAGUCCAAGGUGGACACGGAGCCCAAGGCCGAGGACGCCAGCGGAGACAAGGUGUCUGCUUCAGUGGCCAAGCCCCGGCCCUAUGCCUGUCCACUGUGCCCCAAGGCCUACAAGACAGCUCCUGAGCUCCGCAGCCACGGGCGCAGCCACACUGGGGAGAAGCCCUUCCCGUGCCCCGAGUGUGGCCGCCGCUUCAUGCAGCCAGUGUGCCUGCGUGUGCACCUGGCCUCGCACGCUGGUGAGCUGCCCUUCCGAUGCACACACUGCCCCAAGGCUUAUGGGACACUGUCCAAACUCAAGAUCCACCAGCGCGGGCACACGGGCGAGCGGCCCUACGCCUGCACCGACUGCGGCAAGAGCUUUGCCGAUCCGUCAGUGUUCCGCAAGCACCGGCGCACGCACGCCGGCCUGCGGCCCUACAGCUGCGAGCGCUGUGGCAAGGCCUACGCCGAGCUCAAGGACCUGCGCAACCACGAGCGGUCCCACACGGGUGAGCGCCCCUUCCUUUGCUCCGAGUGCGGCAAAAGCUUCUCGCGAUCCUCUUCGCUCACAUGCCACCAGCGUAUCCAUGCAGCCCAGAAGCCCUACCGCUGCCCGGCGUGCGGGAAGGGCUUCACGCAGCUGAGCUCCUACCAAAGCCACGAGCGCACGCAUUCGGGCGAGAAGCCCUUCUUGUGCCCUCGCUGUGGCCGCAUGUUCUCCGACCCCUCGAGCUUCCGCCGCCACCAGCGGGCACACGAGGGCGUGAAGCCUUACCGCUGCGAGAAGUGCGGCAAGGACUUCCGGCAGCCGGCCGACCUGGCCAUGCAUCGGCGAGUGCACACGGGCGACCGGCCCUUCAAGUGCCUGCAGUGCGACAAGACUUUCGUGGCCUCCUGGGACCUCAAGCGACACGCCCUGGUGCACUCGGGCCAGCGGCCCUUCCGCUGCGAAGAGUGCGGGCGAGCCUUCGCCGAGCGAGCCAGCCUCACGAAGCACAGCCGCAUGCACUCGGGUGAGCGUCCUUUCCACUGUAACGCCUGCGGGAAGUCUUUCGUGGUGUUGUCCAGCCUCAGGAAGCACGAGCGCACCCACAGAAGCAACGAGACUACCGGAGCUGCCCCCCAGCAGGAGCUGGUCCUGGGACUGGCGCUGCCCGUAGGCGUCGUGGGUGAGGAGGGCUCGGCCGCCCCCGUGGCGGGAGCAGGGCUAGGGGACCCUCCCGCCGGGCUGCUGGGGUUACCGCCCGAGUCUGGCGGGGUAGUGGCUACACAGUGGCAGGUGGUGGGCAUGACGGUGGAGCAUGUGGAGUGCCAGGAUGCUGGCGUCGGGGAGGCCCCUGGCACCCUGGGAGACGCCGGGGAGGUGGCGGGCGAGGAGGCUGAUGAGAAGCCCGCACAGUUCGUGUGUCGAGAGUGCAAAGAGACUUUCAGCACGUUGACGUUGCUGCGCCGGCACGAGCGCUCGCACCCCGAGCUCCGGCCCUUCCCCUGCACCCAGUGUGGCAAGAGCUUCUCGGACAGGGCUGGGCUUCGCAAGCACGGUCGCACCCACAGCUCCGUCCGCCCCUACUCCUGUCCCCAGUGUCCGAAAGCGUUCCUGAGUGCCAGUGACCUUCGCAAACAUGAACGCACCCACCCCGUGCCCAUCGGGACCCCCAUCCCCCUGGAGCCCCUUGUGGCUUUGCUAGGAAUGCCAGAAGAAGGGUCAGCUUGAAGCUUGCAGCUCUCUCUACCCCCCCCCAAAGCCCCACCCCCAGUCUCCUGUGGGCAGCUAGCUCCGCUCUCAGUCCUUGGAGAGCUGGGGACAACUGAGGCUGGCAGACACACUCAUUAAAGCAUUGGCUUUGAUACCGAGCUGUCUUCUGCAUUCUGGUGCAGUUAAGCCUCAGUGGAGAUCCCGGACAGAUACACAGAGGGCUCUUGGGGGUGUUUUGUUUUGUGACAGGAUCUCAAAGCUUAGCCUGACCCAGAGCUCAGUGGGUAGCCCAGGCUCACCUUGAGCUCAAGCGAUCCUCCUGAAGUAGCCUCCCAAGUACUAGGAUUACAGGUAUUUACCAUACCUGGCCCCAGAAGGGUCUUGAAAUGUGUUGAUUGCCAAAGUAUAUUUUGGGUUGUCUUUCAAAAGAGCUUUGUAGGCAGGUUGGUCCAGGAAGUUAUCUGAGGCUCUGAGAAUUCUUGGUGAUUAAGCGGUGUGUUAAAAGCGUUAGGCCCUGCAGUGAAGCAGCCUCUGCAGCGAAGCAGCCUCUGCAGCUUAGAUUAGCCUGUACUCGGGACCGUGAAACCUUUACUAUGUCUGUCCUUCCAUAGAUAGUAAGCUGGCCUCAACAAUUAUUUUUUUCUCAGGGCUGGAGAGAUGGCUCCACUGUUAAAGGCUAAGGGUCACAAAAAGUUCCCCCCCUCAGAUAUGAGACAGCUAAAAAACAUUAUCUUUCCUGUUUUUCACAGUAACAAACUAGAAGGUGUACUUGGAGGGAAACAGAUUCCUCUUCACAUUAAAACCCACGAACUACAAAGAACUAACCUCGUGGUAGCACACGCCUUUAAUCCUAGCCCUCUGGAGACAGAGGCAGGUGGAUUGCUGGGCCAGCCUGGUCUAUAGAAAGGGAGUCCAGGGCAGCCAGGGCUGUUACACAGAGAAGCCCUGUCUUGAAAAAAGUCCUUACUGGGUUUGGGUUUGGUGCACACCUUCAGUCCCAGCACUCAGGCAGUAGAGGCAGACAAAUCUCUGGGUUCAAGGGCAGCCUGUUUGAAGGAGUUCCAAGACAGCCGGGGCUACACGCGCACACAAAGCUAAGUGAAGAAACAUACAUAGUCUAAGCAGUGGGGUAUACUAUGCCUGAAUUGACUGGGUUGUUACUAAAAUGUGUUGAUAGACUCCAGCACUUGGGAGGCAGAGGCAAGGAGGUCUCUGAGUUCAAGACUAGUUUGGUCAACAUCAGGAGUUCUAGCUGACCAGGGCCACAUUAUGAGGUACACAAAAGUUGACAACUGGAAUUUAUUUUGGUGAUGGAGCACUUACCCAUCAUGUGUGAUGUGAGGUCCUGGGUUCUAUCUACAGCAUUAGGAGGGAAAAGUUGACUCUUCUAGUUUAGUCUCUAAAUCCAUUGCAUUUGCAUUAAAUUCACAGUGUAGCCCAGGCUGUGUACCCUCAAACUGGUACUUCUGCUAUAGCUUCCCAAACAUAUGCUGUCACAGCUGACUGUCUGACAUUUGUAGGGGGAAAACCAACCAGAGUUCCUGGCUGUCCUGGAACUUUAGAAGAGGCUGGCCUCCAGCUCAUAGGUUUGCUACCAUUCCUUUGUAUUUCAUGAUGUCAGCUGGUUGUCAGUGCAGUGAAGCCAAACUUGGGGCAGAGACAGAUUAUUCUGCCAUUUUCCCAGAUUUGUAAGGUUUGUGUCAGCCUUAGGCCUGAUCAUUGCGCAGUUGUAGUCAGCCUAUGAGGUUCCCAAAAGUGUUGUGAUCAUCAGUAUUUUAAAGUUUAUCAGUAUGGCCGCAUGGCACCAUUACACCUAGAAAAACAGAAGGUGACUUGGGCACGUGGGUUGUCACGUUGGCCAUCUUGGACUGGCGUGUGCCUGUGUUUGGCAUGAGUGAGAGUUUUUGGAAGCAUCCCCCAGAACAUCAUUAUGGUGUAUGGAAAGAGCCCCAAGGAUUUUUUAACUCAGUCUGAAAAUGCAAAGCUCAUAUAGAACAUCUAUAUUUCUGUUUUUCAUUUAGGUUAAUUUUUGGUGCCGGGUAUUGAAGGUAGGAUCUCACUUAUAUUAAACAUUUGCUCUACCACUGAGCUACACAGCCAGCCCAUGAUAGUUUAAAAGAAGAAUAGAGGUGACAUCUUUGACAGGCUAAAAACCAAAGCACUAGAAUAAAAAAUACAAUAGCACAUGCCUUUAAUCGCAACACUGAGGAGGCAAAGGCAGGUAGAUCUCUGAGUUUGAGGCCAGCCUGGUCUACAGAAAGAGUUCUGGGAAAGCCAGGGCUACACAGAGACCUUGUCUUGAAAAACCAAAAAACAAUCAUGUUUGGCACAAAAAUUAAAGUCAACCAGUAGAGUGAAAGAGGGGUCCAAACAGCCACGUGUAUAUCUGUAAACUUACUAUUACUUAUUUUAAGUUUUGUAGUGCUGAAGAUUGAACCAGGAGCCAUAAGCAUGUUGGGCAAAAACUUUGGCAUGGACCUAGAGCUCCUGCCCUAUUUUAUUUUUAUGUUGAGACAUGGGACUCACGAAGGUGACUAGCCCAGAUAAACUUGGAACUUUUUUCGUCCCCCCAGUUUUUCAGGACAGGGUUUUUCUGUGUAGUCCUGGUUGCCUAGAACUCACUAUACACCAGGCUGGCCUUGAACUCAUGAGUCCACCUGUCAGCUUCCCGAGUGCUGGGAUUAAAGGCAUGUGCCGCCACCACCUGACAGACUUGGAACUUUUGAUCCUGCACUGUCAGCUUACUGAGCAACUGAGACAGGCUUAUACCACUAAGCCAAACACAAUUUAGGUAUCAUUCAUUUCUUUAUUGCUGUUUUGUUUUGUGUUUUUUAUUUUUUUGAGACAGCCUUGCUGUGUAGCCUAGACUGGCCUGUGAUCUUACGUUUUCAUUCAGUAUCUAAAGUGCUGGGAUUACUAUCAACUUUUUUAUAUGUAUUUCCGGCUAUCCUGGAACUCUCUGUAGACCAGGCUGGCCACGAGCUCGCAGCAAUUCACCUGCCUCCCAGAGUCCUGGAGUCACAGGUAUGCGCCACCACACCUGGCUGGAAUACUUUUUUUUUUUAAUUUAUGUUUAUACUUAUUUUAUGUGUGUGCGCAUGCCUGUGUGGGGUGUAUGUGUGCCCUGGGCACAUAGGGAGAUCAGAGGACAACUUGGGAGAGUCAGUUUUCUUCUGCCAUUUGGGACGUAGGGAUGGAACUCAGAUUGUCAGCCUUCGCAGCAAGCACUUUUGCCUGCUGAGCCACCUCGCCUGCCUAGGGGGCUGCUGAAGAUUGCAUCCUACAUUGUAUCCAGUAGGCCCUUCCUUCCUGUCUGUAGCUAAAGCAAAGCUAAAGGCCCGAAGUAAGCUGAAACUCCCUUCCUAAGCUCUUUGUUUUCUUUCCCCCUUUUCUGAGAAUCUUCCUGUAGACAGUUUUUGUUUUUGUUUUUUGAGACAGCGUCUCCCUGUGUUAGCUCAGGCUGUCCUUGAACUUGAGGCUAUCUUCCUGCUCAGCCUCCUGCAUGCUGACAUUACAAGCAUGCUUCACCACACUGGGAUUCCAUGCCCUGUCACAGAACUUGAGGACCACCAAGUUGGCAGCGUCAGGAAGACCGCAGGGUACAGUUCAUCUCCAGGCCCAAGUGCUGGUCGUGGGAACAUUGCAGCAAGCAGCCAUAGUUUAACGAAGGAAAAAUAGCAAACAUCUCAGUGACAGAGAUAGCAGAAUCACACCCAGUUCUCAGAAAUUAGUGUUAGAGGGAAGUCUUUUGAGAUGGCUCAGCCAGUAAAAUGCAUUUGCCACCUAGCCUGACAACCUAAAUUCAACAGCCAGAGACCUGCAUGAUGGAAGGAGAGAGCUGAUUCGUAGAAGCUGUCCUCUGAGCCGGGUGUGGUGGCACCUAUCUGUAAUCCCAGCACUCAAGAAGCAGAGGCAGGAGGAUCUCUGUGAGUUCGAGGCCAGCCUGGUCUACAGAGUUCCUGGACAGCCAAGGCUACACAGAGAAACCCUGUCUCAAAAAUAAACAAAAACCUCCUAACUCUAACAAGUGAUGCGGCCUACACACACCCCUGGUUGUUUAAAAUGAAAGGGUGUCUUUCAAGUUGAGAGUGUAGUUCAGUGGUUGAGCAUUUGCUUAGCUCGUAAUGAGGACUCUGGUAUUAUAAAAGAAGAAAAGUUAUGUGGGUUGGGGAAUCGGGGCCAUGGGUCUUCAAGCCCAGUACUUGGGAGGCCGAAGCAAGCUGGACAGCGAGAUAACUCAUGGAGGAAGGGCACUCGCCAAUGCCGAGGGCAUGUGUUUACACACUUGCUGGUUUUCAUUCUUGAUGCUUGUGCGGGGGUUGUGUGCGCGUCAGUGCAGUCAGUGUUCACGGAGUGUGUCUGAUCCUUGGAGCUGGAGUUACAAGCAAUUGUGAGCCGCCUGAUUUGGCAGCAAGUGUUCUUAAGAGCUGAACCAUUUCUCCUUAAUAAAUGUACUUUUCAAGCUGUGUAUGUUUUUAUAGCUAGAAGCCCUUAGACUUAAGAUACUUGGCCCAUCUUGAGUUAAUUUCUGUGUACGGUUUGAAGGGAGGAGGUUCAACUUCAUUCUUUUGCCUAUGAAUUUUCAAUUGUUCCAGAUGCAUCUGUUGAAAAGACAUUUGUUGUCCAUUUAAUUGUCUUGGCCUUCUUUAAAAAAAUAAACUAA